UGUUGCCAGAAAGAGAUGUUGAGUUAUGCAUAUCGCACUUGAGUAAAUGUAAUGUGAUUUAGGUAUUCAUAGUAGCACUUCAAAAACCGCGAAAUAUCGGCAUGGUUUUCACGUGUUAUUUUCGUUUUAAAUAAUUGCAAUAAAUUGUAAAACGUGAUUUUUAAGUGUAAUCUGUGAAAUUUAUUAUUAAUAGUAUAAAUUCUCCAUGAUUAUUUAGCAAAAUGAAGCAAGAUCCGUGUUCGGUGUGUGGCGGAACAGACAUGAACCUUAUAGAUGGAUUUUACUAUUGUGUAGAGUGUGGUACUCAGGAUGUGAACGCUCAGGAGACUAUAGUGGAGCACACAGUGCUCGCCGAUGGCACAUUCGCUCACGCUGCCACUAGAAAAUUCACCACAGUCCUGAAAGAUGCUGUCGAAAUGAGCGAAGAAUGGCACAAAUGGCAUGCCUUCAACUUCAUCCUGGCCGGGCUAGUGGAUGAGCUGACAGACCUUGGAGCACCACCCGGGUUCCGGAUGAAGGUCAUGUGGAUAUGGACUCGGUACAUCAAGGCGUAUCAGGAUAAGGAGAAGAUGGGUAUGCUUGCUAGUGCUGACAAGGAAGAGGUAAAAAAAUCCAAACUGUUUAUAUUUGAAGAUGAAGUAGAAGAAGAAAGUGCUGCAGAGAGUGAAGAAGACAUUGAAAAGAACAUAGUUAGCAAGCGUAAGCGAAGAAAUGCUCGUACAAAGAAAGAAAGUGUAGCAAGAGCUAAGGCAAGUGUCAAAGUUGUUACCAAAGGCUUAUUGUUAGCUAUUCUUUAUCUAGCACUAAAUUUCUGUCAAAGUCAAAUACAAUUAUCCCAUAUAUUAAGGUUCGUUAGAGAGAGGCGACUGAGUAUUGUACAUUGCACAAGAUUUGUGCCAAAAGAACUGAAUGUAAAGUCCAUUCCACACUGGAGAAACUUUGUAAACUGUAGGGAGUAUACCUCGAAAGGUAUCCUGCAAAUUGCAAUGUCACUUAUCAAAUCUUUGAAAUUAGGCCCUCCAUUAGUGCCAGAUUUAAGAAAAAUUGUAGACAAUUUGGUAACAGAUCUUUGCCUUCCAAAAGAGUUCAAGAAUUUAGUUUAUUCCCUAAUGCAUUACAUUCCAUGUGACUUUUUGGCAGUAGAUUAUAAGUUUGCAAAUAGGGCUCUAGUGAGAGUACCAGAUUUCGAAGGUGUUGUGAUGGCUUAUAUUCUCAUAGCUUUGAAAAUGACUUUCGGGUUAGAUGAUCAAUAUGAAAUUACUCUAUCUAAUGCUGUUGAGCAAAUAAAUGACGAAGAAAAUCGAUUGAAAUCUCACAAGUUGGGCUUGUACUCGCAACCAACAGAUAGAUUAUUUUCAUUCCGUGAAUGGUGCAACUUUUUGCAGUUUAGAAAGAAAAUGUUAUGUAAAUAUUAUUUGCCAAUGGCACAACAACAUAAUUUAGACAUUGAUGACCGAGUUUUCAUGGAACAGCUAGGGUCUCGACGCAAACGCAAAGACGAACUGAGUGACGAAGUAAUAAUGGACAUUCUAAAUAAGUUACCUUGGAGAGAUGACGGGAAGGCCAUACCCAUAUCCGAAUUUACAGCAACUCUGACGCCAAUGUCUAAUUACACCGAUGUAAUUUUACAAUAUGUAUUAGAUACCGAUCUAAAGCUCUUAUUGAGCGAAGAUUUCACCCAAUACUCGCUGAAAUACACAUGUCAGGACUUGAUGCUUGUAAUCAAUGAAAAAAACUUGAUAACAGGCGUGAGUGAAGAAAACAAAACUAUAAAUCGAAUGAUAAUAGGUACUCUGGUCGCCAAGGAAGGAGAUUACAGUAUGGUAUUUGUUAGAAAUUGUGACAAUAAGAAUUGGUUGAAAACUAGACAGCCUACAAAAGACCAUGUUAUUAAAACAGAUGAGCAUGAGAGUAGUGACAAAGAUAAUGAUCCUGGCUAUGAUUCUAAUAAUACAGAAACUAGUCCAAUUGAGAAGGAAGUCGUAGUAACAAAUGAAGAUAGUGAUGAUGAUGAUACACCUGAGAGAAAGCUAGAAACAAUUGAGGAAGAAGCGGAAGGCACGUCAAUAUUUGAUGACCCUUUUGAUGACAUAAAUGAAGAUAAAAAAAGCACAAUAGAAGAACUUGAUAACGAUGGUGAUGUCAGUGACCAGUUCAAUAAUGCUUCAAUAAAUCUAGAUAAUUUAGUUAAGAGUUUUACUGGCGAAUCCAGUUUCAUACCAGCCAAAUUCAACCCAGAAACCUUUGAUAGAGAGCAGACAAUCAAGGAAUGUAUAUUAAUGGCAUGUAAAAAAUAUAGAAUACCAGUACCAAAGGAUCCUAAUCCUAGAAAAAGAAGGAACCCUUUCAUUCGAGGUGAAGCUGGUGUAAGUGAUGCGAAAAGAACGAGGGUUGAUAGAACGAGUAAUGUGAAAGAGGGUAAGAUAGAGACGGAUAGAAUAAUGAGUGCAUAUUACGCUAACUUACAAAAAGAUUUACUGGACAAAGUAUCAGAACAUGUGAAGUCAUUUGUUCAAGAGUACCAAGACAACUUCAAUAUUGACGAUACAUUAAAUAAAACUUGUGAUCUAUCAAGCAUACAUAAUGAUAGUCAAAUAAAAGAUGAAGUCAUGGAUAAUGAAGCAGCUUGUGAAGAUAAAAGUUUAGUUGAAAUUGAUAGCACUGAUAAACAAGUAGACUCUAGUAUUAUGGAGGGUAAUAGUGAUGAAGAAAACAUCCCAGAUGAUCCUUUACGGAAGGAGUCAAACCCCGAAUUCGACGAAAAAACUCACGAUACUAAACAACUUUACGUGAAAUACGAUGAAGACUUUGUAUUUGAUGGCAUUUUAGAUAUUGAAGAUCCAGAAAUAGACAAAAUUAUUGCUAAAAAAAUUGAAGAGUGUAAAUUUAAUGAACCAGUAAUACAUUGCCCUAAAGACUUGACACCAGAAGAGGACAAAAGUGACUCUGAUGAUUCUGAAGAAGAAAGUCUAUUAGAAUACAAAAAUAAGCAAGAUGACAAAUAUUUUGAGCCUUUGAUUGAAGAAUCUACCGAAAUAAAAAAGUUUAGUUAUUGGACAAGGCAUUACGCGUCAGCUAUGAUGAGGAGAAAUGCAGAUUUAAAGUUGAAAUUUGACUUGGAAAUCAAGCAGAAUUGUCCGAAAAGUUUUAACUUUGUCAUUCAAGAAUGCGCAGCCAUUUUGGACUGCACAGCAUUCUCACUUUACAAACAUAUUCAGUUUUUAGAGCAACAGUUACUUAAUAGAGCUGUGAAACUAAAAUAAAAUUAAGUUCAGAAUCUGCACCACGGUCAUAGAAUAAAACUGUACUACAUACAGAGCGGUAACUACGCCCCGGGACAAUCCGCAUCCGGCGCUAACCUCACCCCCUCUGGGUCUUUAGUCUUAAUAGCCGUAAGCUAAGGAGUAAGGGGGAGCGCGCGCGAACGUCCUGUCUCGCUCGCUCCUACGCCAUAAGGCGGCACACGGUAAGAAAGAUUUUUGUAUCGAGUGUGUGUAAGUGAUAUUCGCUAAAAGGCGACGAUUAACUCAAUACCUACCUCUCCGGUUACUUGAGGAGACUGUUUAUGUUUUAAGUUUGUAUAGUAAUUAUAGGACAAAAUCCGCCUUGAUAAUAGGGUAGUUUCAUACUAGUCAAAUCAGUUACUUUUUACUAAACGUCAACAUACGAAAUUACUAUGUAAUUUUUAUGAAAAAGCAACCUGUGACGUCAUAGAAAA